AAACAACUAUUUUUAGGUUAUUUUCUGUGGUGAUUACAAUUUUAAAGGGUGUAUUGGGCUGUAUUCUAUUCAGUGAUAACAGAAAAAAACUUUCUACAAUAAAAAACAUUGGGGGCCGCUUUGUAUUCUCCUCUUUGCUGUAAUCUGUAAUGUCCUUUUUUGUUUCAACCUAACGAAAUGGUCGUUUUGUGAGGUUCUUCGAGAUUGUUAUCGUGUAUUAUGAAAAGUUUGAAAAAACGACAUCAUGCGCUUAGUUAAACAAAGAAUAACAAAACUGAUUAAGUCCUCAAAAUUAGGGAGCGGAGUAUUAAACCGACCUUUUACUGUCGGCGUUGAAGGAAAUAUUGGUAGCGGAAAAACUACAUUUUUAGAGCAUUUCAAAAACCACGAAGAUGUUCAUAUUAGCGCUGAACCUGUCGAUCGUUGGAGGAAUCUCAAUGGCCAUAAUUUACUAGGUUUGCUGUAUCAGGAUCCCCAGAAAUGGAGUUUCACGUUUCAGUCAUAUGUUCAAUUGACUAUGUUACAAAAUCAUUUAAAUAAAAUUGAGAAACCAGUAAAUCUAAUGGAGCGUUCGAUAUUUAGUGCUCGUUAUUGUUUUGUGGAAAAACUUAGUCGGGAUGGUAUACUCUCUCCACCAUCUGUAGCUGUUAUUGACUCCUGGUUUCAUUGGAUUACAACCAAAAUGAACGUUGAUGUUGACCUAAUAGUUUAUUUAAGAACAUCUCCAGAAGUAGUUUAUCAGAGGAUUUUAAAAAGAAACCGGCCAGAAGAAAUUUCUAUAUCGUUAGAUUAUAUCAAAUCAUUGCAUGAAUUGCACGAAGACUGGUUAUAUCAUAAGAGAUUACACAAAUGUCCAGCUCCUGUUUUAAUUGUUGAUGCAGACUUGGAUAAAACUAAGAUUAAAAAAGAGUAUCAGAGGUGGGAACCAAAUAUUUUGAAUAAAAAAUUUGGUGCUCAUAUUUAAUAAUCCAAAAUAUUCUUAUAAAAAAGCAUUUACAUUUUGAAAUAAAAUAGCAUUUACACAAAGAUUUACACUGAUCUGUGAAGUAUAAUAUACUACAUGUAAAUAAUAUAGAUAUAGUCUGUCCAACGAGAGGACCCAUGAUAUAGUGACAGUUGUCUCUCAUUUAAAUUUACAGAUAAGUGUAUUUUAUAUAAUUUUUUGGAUGUUGUCUGUUGAAAUCUUCCUCUUUGGACAAACUGUACCUAAGCAUAGAUCAAUGACUUGACUUUCCUAAUGAUUUAAAACAGAAAAACUAGAUUUAAAAUAUAAAUAAUCUUAUAUUUUACAUCUAUUAUUUAUAUUGUUUAAAUUAUAUAUAUUCAUAUUGUUAUUUAAAGCUGUCACGUUAGAAAUUGACAGGUGUCAGAAUUUUUCAAAUAAAUUAAUU